UACGGCUUGCCCCGGUUUUGCCGACCUUUCGGAAGGAUUCUUUCACGUGCUAGUUGGCGCAACAAACCGACAUCAGUAAUCAUCAGCGGCACCGGCCACUGCGGUCCGGUGUGCUUUGACGCCAAGCUGGAUCUUUUGCGCUGGCUAGCGUGCUUGGUGGGCGCACUCGCGCUCGUGCUGGGCGAGGCGGUCGCACUGCAGCACCAGCUCGACGCGUCCGGCUCUGGGCCCGGCGGACCGGCGCUAGAGGGAACGGGUGGCAGCGGUCAUGCCGGCGGGCACCAUCACCACCGGCAGCUGCCGGCAGAACCCGCGGGCGCUGAAGAAAACGACCAGGGGGAAACGAUCGUGGUGCCGCAGGUUUCGCGCAGCAUCAGCGCCAGCCACGGGCGGCCGUACGAGCGAGCGAACGGUGGAAGUGGUGGGCUCGGUGCCCAGGGCCGCAAUGGGCACAAUGGCAGCACCGGCAGCAGCAGCAAUGGUAGCACCGGAAGCAACGGCAGCAACGGCAACGGCGGUAGUAGCAAUGGCGAAUCCACCUCCUACCGCGCGACGAAGAAAGCGCCCCAGGAAGGGAACGGUGUCCAUCACGACAACGAGCACACGAUCCGGAUGCUGAUCGACUGGAACUGGCCGAAGUGCUUCAGCUUCGAGCCGAAGGAGCAUCUGUACUACCACAUCGGGCAUGCGCUGUUUCUGGUGGCCUUCCUCGCACCGAACAUACCGUGCGGGUUCCUGUGGUUGCGCUGUGCGGCCAUCGCCGGCUGCAUACUGAUGGUGCUGUGGGGCUGGUUCGUAGCCUGCAGCCUGGACGCGGUCGUCUGGUUCAGCCUGUUUCUGCUGGUGAACGCGUUCUACGUGGUGGUGCUGCUCUGUAAGCUGCGCCCGGUCAAGUUCGAGAAGGAGAUUGAAUCGGUGUACGUUGCCUUGUUUAAGCCGCUGCGCGUGUCGCGCCACCAGUUCAAGAAGGUGCUGAACUGCAUGAAGAUUGUACGGCCGCUCAAGUACCAGGAAAUUUACGUGCAGGAAAAAAUAACCAAAGUCGACAGUUUGUCUCUAGUGCUGUCGGGAAAAUUAGUAGUUUCACAGAAUCAAAAAGCGCUUCAUAUAGUAUUUCCACAUCAGUUUCUCGAUUCACCCGAAUGGUUCGGUGUUUCUACCGAUGACUAUUUUCAGGUGUCAAUCAUGGCGAUGGAGGAGUCGCGUGUACUCAUCUGGCACCGGGAUAAGCUGAAGCUUUCCAUCAUGGCGGAACCGUUCCUGCAGGCCGUGUUCGAUCACAUACUCGGACGGGAUGUGGUGAAAAAAUUAAUGCAGGUCACACAGGUCAGCGAAACGAUGGCGCAAAGCAACGGCUGCAUUGCGUCAGGCUAUGGCGACGACUCGGAAGAUAAACCGAUGCUGGUGAUGAAGAGCAAAGGCGCCGACAAUGGGGGGCACGGGCUGACGGCCUUGAUAAAUCGCCAGCUGCAAGCUCUCCCACGGAUCUCGAAGUAUUAUUACUGUGUAGCAACCGAUCAUAAUGCGUGGCGGCUGGGGCGGAUCGAUGAAACCGACCACGAGACGGCCGUAUAGAAGUUACCGGACCAUCAUCUUAGCGGGCUGACCUGAGUGCGGGCCGGCAACAGCAGGACAACACUUUCAAAUACAACCAAUUUUGUGAUACUAUAAAUGUUAUUAUCUGUAAGACGCCAUGUUAGAGUAUCUUAGAGAAAGGGGGAAAGUUAAAAAGAAAGGGAGAGAGAGAGAAAGAGAGAGCAAGAGAGAGAGAGAGCAAGAGAGAGUGAUGGGCGAUAAAAAUGAAUGAUUUUAUAAAAAUAGUAAAAUCCCUGUAAGGAAUUGUUCCAAUACUAAAUGUCUUAGGAUUUGUCGCUGGAAGGCUAUAGUGCUGUUGGGUGCUUUCAUUACAUUACCAACCGACAGUACACACGCGAUCCUGCGAGAUGGACAACAGCGAACGAAAGAUAAUGAAAUAUAGGGAGAGAGAAAGAGAGUAAGACCGAAUGCUGCAGAUUAUAAUGAAAUAGUAAAUGGGACAUUGGCUGUUGAUUGUUAUUUCGCGAUCCAUGUCAAAAGGCAGUGUUCUUCUUCUCAUACAUUUAUUUUGUUUGCCCAACAUCGCCUAUCGUUCCUUUCAUCUAUGCUUUAUAUGUUAAUAUUUUGCACAGGAAAGUAAACACACAAAUCAACAACUCUUUGUUCAUAAACUCAUAGCUCGUGCAAAGCCAUCUAACCAACAGAAGAUGUACAAAAACCUCCCAAACUAUCACUUUAAUCUCUAUUACGUAAACUUAAUACAAUUUUAAAUGACAAUACUAUAAACGA